GCGGGGCUAAACUAACUCACACACAACCACAGAAAAAUCUGGAGCUCUCUGUGGAGAUUACCAUGGUGCCACGAUUGUCGAGGAUGCAUAUUUCUUUGUUCGGUCUUGUGUUUUACUCAAUAGGCCUGCUCGUCAGUGCGCAAUAUGAAAAAUAUAGCUUCCGAAGUUUUCCUCGACACGAGUUAAUGCCACUGGACUCCGCGUAUCGGCACGCGCUGGAUCAAUACAGUGGAGAAAAGUGGAAGGAGACCGUGGAGUUUUUGGAGGUGAGUCUGCGCCUCUAUCGGCUGUUGCGGGACAGCGAGGCCUUCUGCAACCUAAAUUGCAGCUCCGUGCGCAUCGAUCAGGAGCAGCGCUUCGCCGACUUCCCAGAGCUUCACGCGUUUGGUAACGUUAUGAAGCGCGCACAGUGCCUGAAGCGGUGCAAACAGGGGUUACCCGCAUUCCGACAGACUCUCCCAAGCCGUGAAACUGUGGAGGAGUUCGAGAGACGUGAACCAUACAAAUACCUCCAGUUCGCCUACUUCAAAAGUGAUAACGUUGCAAAGGCCGUGUCCGCGGCUCAUACAUUCCUGCUGAAACAUCCCGACGACGAGAUGAUGAAGAGGAAUAUGGCCUACUACAAGAGCUUGCCUGGUUCUGAGGAUCACCUGAAAGACCUGGAGAGCAAGUCUUACGAGACCUUGUUUGUGCGUGCAGUGCGGGCGUUCAACGGGGAUAACUUCCGCACGUCCAUAUCUGACAUGGAGCUGGCUCUUAGGGACUACGUGAAGGUGUAUGAUGAGUGCCUGGCAGCCUCGGAGGGUUCCAGAGAAAUUAAAGACUUCAAGGACUUCUUCCCUUCCAUUGCAGCUCAUUACUCAGAGGUUCUGGAAAGGAAGGUGCGCUGUGAAGCUGAAUUGAAUCCAGUGGUUGGAGGUUAUGUUGUUGACAAAUAUGUGGCGACAAUGUACCAUUACCUGCAGUUUGCCUACUACAAGUUGGAUGAUCUAAAAAAUGCAGUGCCUUGUGCCGUGAGCUAUCUGUUAUUUGACCCUGAGGACGAGGUGAUGAAGAAUAAUGUGAUCUACUAUCAGUACCAUCGAGACAAAUGGGGACUCGGUGAUGAUGACUUCCAGCCAAGAGCGGAGGCAGUGCGAAUAUAUAAUCAGACCACCAUGCAAAGACAGCUGUUAGAGUUCUCUCGUCAAAAACUACUGGACGAUGAUGAGGGGGAAGUGUUGGAGUUCCUAGACGAGUUCCUGGAUUCUGAUGAAACUGUUGAAGUUCCUAAACGAGUUCCUGGAUUCUGAAGAUAAAUAAUAUUUAUUUAGUGGAAUUAAAACACACACUGUCUACCAGCACACUCUUAUACUGAAUCCCAUUCACACAGAAAGCCAUGCACACACUCCCACUGGCCACACAUACCACCAUUCAUUCACACAAACCCACACGCCACACAUUUAGCGUCAUGCCACAUGCUCUUUGUCAUACCGACAGUGUCCGAAAAAAGGCCAAGAGAACCUCCUCAUUGUGCAACUAGUUCUGAUAGAGGCUAGAUGUAGGCACACAAGUACAAGUUAUUCUGAUGCACUGCUGUUCUAAAACCAGGUGCCUUUAACAUCUACAAAUGAACAUGCACAUUCUCAGUGGUCUUUAUUCGGGCCUCAUUUCUGAUGGGGGGGAUAGCAGAGAUCUUCAUGAGUUGCUUAAGAGAGCCAGAGUUCCUUUUAUCAUUUCAUCUUUUUGGUGCACCUCUUUGAGGCACACUUGCUGAAUACAAUGGAAUGAUUAUUAUGUUUCUGAUUCUGUGUCAUUUCAAGUGAAAGUCCUUUCUGUGAUGUACAGUGUUAAAAUAAAAAGAUGUUU